UCCCUUUCCCUGCCUUUACUUCAAACUUAUUUUUUAUAACAUGGCGUAACGUUCAUGAAGAGUCACUGUAUUUUCCCAAAUAUAAACAAAUGAAUAAUUUACCCAAAAAACUAACACUAAAAACCAUACGUGAUUAUGAGGCCUACAAUAGCCAACAUAUUACCAACGUAUAAUUUUGAGAAGCCACAGCCAGUGAACCGAACGCAGUGCCUAUGAGGAAGAUCAAUACACACAACAAUGUCAGACGACGCACCACAACCCCCGUCCAGUUUCUACAAUAAUCUUUCUUGUUCCUUCGCAAAACUCACUCACUUCAUUGAUAAUAACAUCAGGAUUAUACAGUAUUGUAUCUACGUGGGCGGGGCAGCAGGCGUUCUGCUAGUGCUGCACAGUGCUCGAGCGUUCACAAAGUUUGUGCACAUCCAGGACAUCCCAAAGGAAUUUAUAACGAAGCAUGUGAGACUUCACGGGCAUGUGAGAUGGGUGGGUGCCACACCACCCAUGCCUGCACUUCUACCACCUGAUAAACAUAGUGUGUUACCACACAUCAAAAAUGGAUCCAAAUCAUCCCCAUCUAAUGUUGCUGAAGCCACAACAAGAGAAAACUUGAGGUUGCAAGGACCCAAGAGCUUAAGUGAGGGGAAUAGGGGGAUAUACGAGGGUGCUGGGGAGCUCCACCCAUGGGAGAACGACAUUGAUCCUGAUGUUACUAGGAUAUACUAUGAUGAAGACCUCCGUCCACUCUUUCUAAAGGUGGAGCAUGCACCUGUCAUCCCUCUACAAUGGCAGAAGAGUGAUAACCUGUUGCCUCUCCAGUUGGCAGAUGUUGAGGUGACAGGUGCAGGUGUGGCACAUGUCAGGGCCCACCUGCUGAGACGCAGGACCUGGUUCACCCUCAUCUCCCACAACACUGAUGACAACACUCUCGUCUCCCUUGUCAAGCCAGCCAAGUUGUUCUCCAGAAGUAUUAAUGAACAACUGGUGCGUGAGGGGCUGGCCCUAACAGCACCCAUGGACCUAGAGCUGCAUCACGACCCUUGUUACAUCAAACACUACAAGCGACUUCUCCAAGCUCAGGAAUAUGCUGAGAAGAAGCAGCUGGGUAUGUGGAAGCUGCCUAAGGAACAACGUGGGGGCUUCCUACAACUACUGUGGUGCAAGAUUCGAUCAUUAGUGGCCAGGAAGAAGCAGUAAUGAAUGAAUAGUGUGUGUGGAGAGCAUAUCGCAUGGCUACAACCAAUGUAGUGCUCAAAAUGGUGUGCCAAACAUAAGCGUUAAGCAGAAACUUAACUCAAUAACUGCAAUAUUCCACCCAUGUUUUUUUUUAUUGUAAUCCUCAAUCAGAAAUGCUGUUCUUAAUUAACCCAUUUGUUAAUGCCAAUACUAUAACACAUUUGCAAAUUGCUACCAAAAAUUCAGAAAAUAGUUUCCAUUACUUUGAUAACAAUGAGUUUCCUUCAAGCUUAAUCAUCUCAGGUUUUAAUCACAUGUAUUGUAUUAUGUAUGUUAACUAUGUACAGUAUAUAUUAUGGUACAUUAUUUAUAUAGAAAAUAGCAUUUAAUAUUAGGCUUAACGCGGUUUCACUUAACGCGGUUUCACUUAACGGGAUUUCUCAUAUACGCGGUGCCUCGCCAGA